GGGGGCGGAAGCCCGGGCCGCCUGCGGGCCCUAGCGAUAGCACGUUUAUCUGCCGCCCGCAACAGCCUUGCGCGCCGGCCUGGAGUUAUUUCUGGCCAGGCAGCAGUCCUGUGGUCUGUUGCUGCAGGCUUUUGGGGCCACGCCACUCCAGAACGAAGUGGGCCGCCAUCCUUUCGCCAUGGGCUCCCGUGAGUUCUGGGGUCGGGUCUGCAUCUUUCUGGACAGAGCCACAUCAGGAGGUGUUUUGAGUAGCAAUAGGCAAAGGCGUGGAUCAGACUUGGAAGGAAAGCCCCAGGCAGAGUGCAGGGUGGCCGGGGUGGAGGGACCUGCUGGCCCUAGGAGCUAGUGGGAGCAGUGCCGGCGCUCCCACUGAUGCUUCGGGCUCAUCCUAGCGCUUCUCUUCCAGGGCCGCGCGGGGCGCUGAGCCUGCUGCUUCUGCUGCUAGCGCCGCCCAGCCAUCCAGCCUCUGGCUGCCCCGCGCCCUGCAGCUGCGCAGGGACGGUCGUGGACUGUGGGCGCCGCGGGCUGACCUGGGCCUCGCUGCCGGCCGCCUUCCCUCCCGACACCACCAAACUGGUGCUGACCGGCAACAACCUCACCGCGCUGCCGCCCGGGCUUCUGGAUGCGCUGCCUGCGCUGCGCGAGGCGCUCCUGGGAGCCAAUCCCUGGCACUGUGACUGCCGCUUACUGCCGCUGCGCGCCUGGCUGGCCGGCCGCCCCGAGCGCGAGCCCUACCGCGACCUACGCUGUGUCGCGCCCGCCGCGCUGCGCGGUCGCUUGCUGCCCUACGUAGCCGAGGACGAGCUGCGGGCCGCCUGCGCGCCUGGCCUGCUCUGUUCGGGAGCUCUGGUGGCGCAGCUCGCACUGCUGGCCCUCGGGCUGCUACAUGCGCUACUGCUGGCGCUCUUACUGAGUCGCCUGCGGAGGCUGCGUGCGCGCGCGCGCGCACGCGUUUUCCGUGAGUUAUCGCUCACAGGCCCGCUGGUGGCGGAGUCGGCCGGAGGUGAUACAUCCUAAGAAAGGACAGUCGCUGGGCAACAACGACCUGCAAAUUUUACAGGUCCCUGCUGGUGGACCCUCACCUUAACCAGG